GCGCAAGUUCCACACAUGGUUAACGAAUAUGGCGGCCAACGGCCAUACAACAUUGAAUGGUGACUGUAAGAAAAUCGACAGUGACGGCCACUUAGUUGGGAAAAAAAUCCGUAAGAAAAAGUAUGCUGGAUGCACAGGCUCUUCUCUUAAUGGCUCUGUUGAAUUAAUACCUCAAUUUGAAGAUUUUGGACCAAGGCUCAUUAGAAUAAGAAUGAAUGAUCAAAUUCGGGCACUUCAAACUACAUUGCGUGAUCCAAAAACUGAUCGAGCUGAUUUUGUGUUUUAUGCAGACCGUUUGAUACGUUUAGUGGUUGAAGAAGGUCUUAAUCAAUUAUCUUAUGAAGAAUUGAACGUGACAACUCCUACAGGAGGUGUUUAUAAUGGUCUACAAUUCAAGAAAGGAAAUUGUGGUGUCAGUAUUAUGAGAAGUGGUGAGGCUAUGGAAAAAGGUCUCAGAGAUUGCUGUCGUUCUAUUCGCAUUGGAAAAAUUCUCAUUCAAUCGGAGACAAGUACAUCAAAACCAAAGGUUUACUAUGCAAAGUUCCCAUUUGAUGUUAAGAAAAGACAAAUUUUAUUGAUGUACCCAUUAUUGAAUACUGGAGCAACUGUUAUUGAAGCAAUCAAGGUCCUGGAGGAGCAUGAUGUUCAACAAAAUAUCAUCUUGCUAAAUUUGUUUGCAACUCCCGAAGGUGUCAGAAACAUUUUGAAUCAAUUUCAAAAUUUAAGGAUUUUGACUUCAGAAGUCAGUCAAAACAUCAUUUUGAACUUUGGAUGCCAAUAUUUUGGAGUAGAGUAAUGACAUUUCACAACAUCUUGCGAUUAGCUUAUGUUGUGAUAAAGUGAGUUUGCCAACCAGUUAAUGUGGGAUACCUGCUUUCAAUUAAAAUUUCAGCAGACCCGUUUAUAAUUAUUGGAAAUUGAUACCCUGAAGUAAUUAGCCAUGUUAAUAAAUUAAUUGUAUAUAAUUUAUAUGCUCAUUUUUAUGAUUUGUUAAUUUUUC